UUGUGAAUAUUAUUUACUCAUAAUAUAACGAGCCAUUCGCUGGUUUAACUAACGAUUUUGAUUGUAGGGUUAUUAAUUUAGACGCAUUUACACGACGUUAUAUAGCAUUAUUUUGAUAGUGCAGGAUACUUUAUGGGAUGGCUAUUUGUUAAAUGGUUGUGCGAAGUGUUAGCUGGUAUUGAUGAUUUUGCUCAUACUUUUUUGUUACAUUUUUGCCGCUGCAUCAUGCAGCCGGACUGAGUCCCGUUUGGUGAAUAUAAUUCAGGGACCUGUCCGUGGCUAUAAGCAGCCGGAUGACGAUAUUUACAUCUUCUAUAAUAUUCCCUAUGCCACGGCACCGACUGGAUCGCAGAGAUUUAAGGCUCCCUUACCACCUCCAAAUUGGACGGAACCUUAUGAAGCUGUGGACAAAGAAAUAAUAUGUCCACAAGGAAACUUAAUGGGAUUUAUUCACAAACCAAAAAGGAUACAAGAGGAUUGCCUUGUUGCGAGUGUGUAUGCCCCCAAUACGGAAGAAAAAAAUAUUCCAGUUGUGGUAUAUGUUCAUGGGGGAGCAUUUUUUACGGGAUGGGGAGAUUUCGCUGUGCCUAAAAGUUUAGUAAAAAGUAAAAAAGUGAUUGCUGUUACUUUUAAUUAUAGACUCGGAGCGCACGGUUUCCUAUGCUUAGGAACGAAAGAUAUACCUGGUAACGCAGGUAUGAAAGAUCAAGUAGCGUUGCUGCGUUGGGUUAAUAAGAAUAUCGCAAGUUUUGGAGGUAAUCCUGAGGAAAUCACCAUAGCUGGAUUUAGUUCUGGCGCAUCCUCAGUAGACCUUUUGAUGCUUUCAAAAAUGACUGAUGGUUUGUUUAAAAGGGUCAUUCCUGAAAGUGGUGCAAAUAUAGCUGCCUUUAGUAUUCAGUCCGAUCCAAUAAAAAAUGCUAAAGAGUACGCAAUGAUGCUAAACUUUGAUAAGUAUGACAAUAUUAAUGCCUUACAAGAUUUUUACAAAACAAUUGGCUAUGAGGAACUACAUUCAGUUAAUGUCAUAAACAGAAGAGAUUCAACAUUUUUGUUAUCUCCUUGCGUGGAACGUAAUUUAGGGGAGGAAACUUUCCUUGAAGAUAAUCCAGUUAAUAUCCUGAAAAAAGGAAACUUUAAGACAGUACCAAUGUUGUACGGAUUUACCAACAUGGAAGGGUUAUUUCGCGUACCACUUUUUGAGCAAUGGAAAGUUCUUAUGAAUGAGAAAUUCUCCAAUUUUUUGCCAGCCGAUCUUAAAUUUAAUAAUGACACUGAAAUGGAAGAAGUUGCAGAAAAAGUGAGGCAAUUUUAUUUUGGGGCAAAGUAUGUAGAAGAUGAAACAAUUUUAGGAUUUGUCAAUUACUUUGCGGAUAUCAUGUUUACGUAUCCUAUACUAAGAUCAGUGAAAUUCCAAGUUGAGGCUGGUAAUCAUGAAAUAUAUUUAUAUGAGUAUUCGUAUUUUGAUGAUACUACGCCUUAUAUACCUCAUACAAGUAUACGGGGUGCAGCUCAUUGCGCUCAAUCGUUUGCAAUAUUAGACGGUGUAGCCUCUGUUGAUGAAAAUCAUUCAAAAAGUCUGAGAGAAUUAUGGCUAAAUUUUAUGACAACUGGUAAACCCGUUCCUAGUGGUACUAAACUACCCGCUUGGCCCCCAGUUCGAGCAGAUUGGUCGCCCCACAUGUCUCUAAACAAGACUUUUGAAUUGAAGGGUUCGCUGCAGAAAGAACGAGCAUUGUUCUGGGAAAACAUUUACGAAAAAUACUACUACAAUCCCCUUACACCAGCGCCUUAACUGAAAUACCCGGAAAUUGUUUUUGUAAUUAAAUGCGCCUCUGGUUAGUGGCCUCCGAAACUUUUUUGCUAUCGUGCAAAAUAAAUAAUACUUAACUAAUAAAUAAAAUUGGAGUGUC